UUUCCGUGAGUUAGGAACUGUCCCCUCGGUGGUGGCUGUGAACUGCCGGGGAUAACUCAUCACCCCGAAGAGUGGCUUGCUGGCUGGAGAUUUCUGCCAGGUCGCCACAGACCAGCCUGUGCGGAGCGUGGCCGCUGAGCCCCGGAGAACUAGCUGCCUCCUGGGAGGACAAGCAAACACGCGGCUGGUGCAGUGCUCCAGAAUGCUGCGUGAUGGUUGAAGCAAAGCCCAGGGAGGCGGUGGUGAGUGUGGGGGAGGAGCGUGAGAUGCUGGCGGAAGAGGAGGGGAUGUGCCCUGGGUCCCCACGGGUCCUGCUCCAGUACAGCGGCUGCAUGCAGAGCUGGGGGCACCCCGGGAAGGGAGGAUGCAGGAAUCUGAGAAGCGACCAGUAAAGUGGUCCCCCCCAGGCUGACAGGUGAAUUCUCCGAGGUUCUGUGCAGGGGUGUGGUGCGUGGCUUGCACACACACAUGCAGAGAGAAAGCACUGUGCGCCUUGUUCCAGGAACAAGAAGAGUGUGCUGACACCAUAUGGAAACACCUGAUGUUCCAACAAAGGAAGAGGCUCCUGACAGAUCAGCGAGGAAGGCCAGUUCUCCUGCAGUAAUGGUGUUUUUCUAACACCCACCUGGCAAGUGAAUUAUGGACAACCCCCCCGGGGAGGGGGGUGAACAGUGUGGAUGCAGACACAUCAGGAGCUGCUGAUGCCGGGACAGGAGACUAAUAGAAACCCGAAUCACAAAUGGGAGUCUUAAAAAUAAAAUCGAGCUCCGUGGGGUGCGCUGCACAGGAAAAGGAGUUAAAACCCGGCUCUUAACUUUAGAGGCAGCCUGCCUUGGGCGGGUUCGUCCUGGGACGCAGCGAUGGAACUGAUGGGAUGAAAGUAAAGUGAUGAACACUGGCCCAGAAAGAAAGGGCCUGCCCUGGUUUGUUAGCCGUUGCAGGUAGCUCAGCGCUGCGGAGAAGGAACUGCAGAUACCCCGGAGGCCGUGGCGGGGCGGUACCUGCAGGGAGGCAUCCGUGCGCCGGCCUGCAGACAAAGCCACGGAGACACCCCCCGCCCCCGGGCACUUGGCUAGCCGGCGCUGACGAGCCUGCCCUUCGGCAGUUCAGCUGAGUGCACGCUGGGCCGACACAGUCCUCCUCGCGGGAGAGGGCAGCGCUGUGUGAGCCAACGGAGCUGUGCACGCAGAAGGGAAACCGGAUCGCGCGGGCCAGGAAAAGCCCGCGAAGCUAGAGCCCGAGAGCAGCCCGAGUCAGGGCGCCGUCAUGGGGGGCUGCUGAGCGGGGGGCUGGCUGCGGCGGCGGCGGCGAAGGCCAGCGGCCCCAUGGAGAACCCGGUGCCCCCCUGCGCCCUCUACCCCAGGGACGACCAGGGCCGCGGGGCCCAGGCCGGGGGCGCCUUUGCGCAGGGCGCGUGCGGCCAGGCCGGGGGCCGGCGCGGCGCUCCCGCGGCUCCGGGAGAGGGCAGCCUGCAGCCGCCCGACGCGCAGACACCCUGCAGGCUCAGCGCGUCGCUGUGCUUCAGCUCCGGGGACGACUCCCCGCCGCAGUCUCGCGCCUCCGCGGCGGAAGGCGCAGCGUCCUCCCCGCCCUCGCGUCGCAGCGGCCAGCUGGUGGUGGAGCGGCAGUGGGAGGUCGGCGGCGCGGGCGCCGCGUCCCCCGCGGAGCCCGGGGAGCCCGAGCCGCGCGCGCCCCCCGAGGAUUCCGUGUCGCCGGGAGAGCCCGCGGAACCCGAGCAGCGCGCGUCCCCGGAAGAGCCCGUGUCCCCCGAGGAGCCCGCGUCCUUGGAAGAGCCCGUGUCCCCCGAGGAGCCCGCGGACGCCCCGCCAGUGCCGCCGGGCGUCGGGCCCGCGCACGGGGAGCCCGACCUGGUCAUCGAGGUGUCCGGCCGCCGGCUGCGGGCGCACAAGGCGGUGCUGGCGGCGCGCAGCGACUACUUCCGCGCGCGCGCGUCCCGGGACGUGCUGCGGGUGCAGGGCGUGGGCUGGGCGGCGCUGCGGCUGCUCCUGGCCUACGCGUACAGCGGGCGCAUGGCGGGCGUGCGGCCCGACAACGUGGCCGAGGUGGUGGCCGGCGCGCGCCGCCUGCAGCUGCCGUGCGCCGUGCAGCGCGCCACCGACGCCGUGGCGCCGCAGCUGAGCCUGGCCAACUGCUACGAGGUGCUGAGCGCGGCCAAGCGGCAGCGACUGGCCGAGCUGCGCGACGCAGCCUACCGCUUCAUGAGCGACCACUACCUGGACGUGCUGCGCGAGCCCGCCGUGUUCGGGCGCCUGUCCGGCGCCGAGCGCGACCUGCUGCUGCGCCGCCGCCUGCGCGCCGGCCGGGCCCGCCUGCUGGCCGCCGCGCUCGGACCGGCCGGGGAGCGCGCGGGCAGCCGCCCGCAGAGCCCGUCGGGGGACGCGGAGGGCCGGGGCGACGCCGCCGUCUACUGCCUGCACGAGGCGGCCGGCGAGUGGCGCGAGCUGACGCGGCUGCCCGAGGGCGCGCCGGCGCGGGGCUGCGGGCUGUGCGUGCUCUACAACUACCUCUUCGUGGCCGGCGGCGUGGGGCCUGCGGGUCCCGACGGCCGCGCGCGCCCCUCGGACCAGGUCUUCUGCUACAACCCGGCCACCGACCGCUGGAGCACCGUGCGUCCGCUGCGCCAGGCGCGCUCGCAGCUGCAGCUGCUGGCCCUGGACGGCCACCUGUACGCCGUGGGCGGCGAGUGCCUGCUCAGCGUGGAGCGCUACGACCCGCGCGCCGACCGCUGGGCCGCCGUGGCCCCGCUACCGCGCGGCGCCUUCGCCGUCGCGCACGAAGCCACCACCUGCAACGGCGAGAUCUACGUGUCCGGGGGCUCUCUCUUCUACCGCCUGCUCAAGUACGACCCGCGGCGCGACGAGUGGCAGGAGUGCCCGUGCAGCAGCAGUAGGGAGCGUUCCGCGGCCAUGGUGGCCCUGGACGGCUUCAUCUACCGCUUCGACCUGGGCGGGGGCCGUGGCGACUCGCAGGCGGCGGCCCCGUCGGCCGGAGGCGUCAGCGUGCUCCGCUACCACUGCCUAGCCAAGCAGUGGAGCCGCUGCGCCGCGCACCUGCGCCCCCCGGGCGCGCCGUCCGGCCUGCAGCCCUUCCGCUGCGUGGCGCUGGAUGGCACCAUCUACUGCGUGAGCCGCGCGGGCACCUGGCGCUUCGUGCCCCCGCAGGACAGCGAGCCCGGCGCGGACGUGGGCGCGGGCGAAGGCGGCAGCUUCGAGCCCGCGCCGCUCCGCGUCCCCUUGGACGCCCGAGGCGCGCUCUUCCCGUUCGUGCUCAACCUGCCCGAGGAGAAGCCAGACCGAGGCGAGGAGGGCGCCGCGUAGGGCGGGGGGGUGCGGGGGGGCACCUCCCUCAGGCACGCCCCCGUGGGCGGAGAUCCAACUGGGAGGGGGCCGCGGAGAGAGCCCUGGCGUGGGCGCUGUCCACGCGGACCAUUUAAACACUUUGAAGUUGGAAGCUUGUCGCGGGGCCUUGAAGACUUUUUGCAAUGCUGUUUUAAGGUCUGCUGCCCUAUUCUGCGUUCCUUUUUUGCGCCGCUAUGCUUAACGGGGUCAAUGGCAUGAUAUGUAAGGUGCGUGCAAAUAGGUAACCUUACAAAUAUGACACGGGAUAUCUGGGGGAGAAGGAGAAGGAAUUGGAAGAUUAAGCCUCAGGAUCGAUGGGUGGGUCCCAGAGGGUGCCCGGGCGUGCUGGGGGUCGGGUGGAGAGUUGGCCAGACGUGAGUCUGCGCAGUAGCUUCCUCGCUCCGCCCGGAGAAGGCCCUGCGCACACAGCUCCGGGCCUCGGAGCCACAGGGGAGACCCGGCCCUAGGCCACCGUGAGCUGUAUUGGUGAGCCACUGGAAGAAGGCCACACUUCUGAUGGCUUGAGGCUUAAGCUCAUUACCCAUAGGUAGAGCUCUUAAAACUUUUCUAAUUUAGUUAAGAGGCUCAUGUCAUCCUGUGUUCAAGUGUGGGUUGGGUUAGUUCCCGAUUUCGCAAGCAUGAAAGGUGGGAUCUUUGGUACAAUGUGUCUCUUGUCCAGCAAGCGGUGGAAGGAUUUCCCCUGCCGAAUGCACAUGCCACAGAAUGGGCCUCACCCCCCUCUCAAGGGCAGCUCCUUCUCACCUUUCAACUGAGAUGGGUUACAGAUUUUUAAGUUAAAGGGUGUUAAUGAUUAUGUCCGAUGUCCUAGUAAUGAUUUACUCUUACUUCAGAGAGCAGACCAUGAGUAGGAAAAGCUGACCCACAAGGAUGCUUGUCUAUUUUAAAAGGUACCUUCGUCAGGUAUCCUAUACAUGCUCAGCCACCUUCAUAUUUUAUAAUGGGCUCAAAGAAAUGAUUACCCCUCCCCCUCCCCCCAAGAAGAAGGCUAAAACCAGUCUUUUUGACACUUCUAAAGACGAACACGUAGGCACCUUUGGAACCCACUACUUAUGAUGUUCUAUGUAUGUAUUAGGUAAUUCUGACGAGGGAAAUUAAUUUUUACAAGCAUGAUGUGGCAGAGUGACAAGAAGCAUAUUGACAUAAGGGAAAAUAACAUAUAUUUAUAAUGUAAUUAGCAAGUAAACUACAUUUUUCUAAUUGAAUUCCAAAAUACCCUAAUAGAAUUAACAUGAAACUCAGUACUUUGAGAGGUCACGAGCAUUAAAAAGAAACCAAAUGAUUGUUUCUCAUUUGUUAUAACGUUUACUUUCCAAAUAGGUGUAGACAGAGUUUAUGAUUUAUUAAGAAUUUAAGGUUAAAGUAUAUGCUCACAAAUAGAGGUAAACUGAUCUGGAUUCUGAAUCCAAUCCAUUUUUUGAUUAUAAUAGGAAAAGUACACAUGAAAGUCACUGGCAGUUAAUUAGAGGAAAUCAUACACCCCUUUCCUACUCUUAACUUCUUAAUCCAGUGAUGGGGGUUGACGUCUCUGUAGCAGUAGUGGGUCGUUGGGAAAUAAGUUACGCUUUUUAAAGAGUCUGUGAUUAAGAAAGUUAUUGGUUAAGUAUGUUUAGAAAUGACCAGCUUGCAUCUUUGUGCAUGUGCUGGAGGAAUGGGAUUUAUGAUUUCAGUUAGAGUGUGUUCGGUGAUCUGUGUGCUUGCUCAUGAUUGCUCAUGAGCCAAGAGGAUAUCUUGGCAGCCUGGCUCAUCAUCUUCUUAGGAAAGAAGGACAGACUUCAUAUUUCCUGGCCUUCUAUAGGAGUAGAAUGCAGAAAUGGUAGUAGAAAGAGAAGUUAGAGCAAAGGAAACAAAUAAUGUUCUUUUAAAGAAACGUACGCCUUGUAUCGUAGCACAUUUUCCUCUAGAAUGUUCCUAUAUUUAUGCUAAAGCUUUUAUAUGAAAUGGAACCAGGCUAAUAUUUUCAUUCCUUAAAUCUCUAAUUCAUAAAAUACUUUCACUGUGAUUUUGCUCGAGAAAUCAUUCCUGUUCACUGUUUCAAAACAAAAUACUGUGGAGAUGGGUUUCCAGAGUAGACCCGUCCCCACAGGAGCACCCGGGAAGUGCUGGGUGGCAGGUGCCAAGAGCCUCACCAUCACAUGCCCAGCUGGAGUUCUGUGUGUUGUUUUAUGAUUUCAUUUAACAAAGGCCAGCCCUGGACAUGGGGUCACUCCUGCGGGAACUGGCCUUGGAGCUCCAGGGGCUUGUCCCAGUGGAAUACACGAGGAAGCCCAGGGGAACGUAAGGGUAGGCGAAAGGACAUAGAAGAAUGUGCUUAUUUCUAAAUGGGAAUACCUCAGAGAAGCAAAUGCCAUGGGGACCACUUUAUUUUGCUUUCGGGGCCAGUAUUUAGAGUUGUAGCCACAAGGCUUGCACCAGUCGAGCAAGCAGAAACACCAGCCCUCUGGGGCCAUGAUGUGGAGGAUUGCUUGUUGGGGGUGGGGAUGUGGGGGGACAGUCCCUGCUGAGACUUGCCCCUGACCGCUGAUGUUCCAAGGAGGGGCCUUUGCAUGUACAACCUGAUGCUCUGAUCUGCGUCCAGCACUGUGUAGGAAUACCUAUUAUUAUUCACCCGGUGGCUUGUUUUGCUGCAGACAUACUCCUGAUGAUUGAUCUGUCAGAGGCAAGUGAACCUAAUGUGUGGAGGAGGACCAUCCGUAAUUCUCAUAAAAUUAACCCCCGCACACGGACGUUUCCACCUAUUCGAAAGAGCAGUGGUCUUGUCGGGGGAGACCGCAGUAGACAGAAAAGCUCCAUCCUUUGGUUAGCUGGCAACCUGUUGUCCAUCGAGUUUCACUUGAAACCCAAAGACGGGCGCCUGGAGACGUCUUCUUUGCUGUGUUUAUUCUUGGUCUUGGGAACAACCCGAGCACCACAGCUGACUCUGGGCAGCUCUCUGGGGCUGGGUUUGGGACUUGCUGAUGGGAUUUCUGCGUCUCUGGUGGCACCUCUCUCCUUUAAGAGGACUCACAGACUCUGCCGCGCUUUUGCUGCAGUUCAAACCCUUCCUCUUGGGUCUUGCGGCGGGCACUGGACAAAUGGAGCCAUCGGCCGCAUCUGUGUUCGUUCCUGGGGCGGCUUCAGUAACCCUGGCUCGUCCGUGGGUCUCCUGCCUAACUUCCUGUGAGCGUUUCGGAACGGGGUGUGUUUGAGGGUCUUGGCCGUGUUUCCUCAAGCCGGGGGCGUUCCGGCCCCCAAACCAGGGUAGCACCUGCCCCGGCUGGAACGUAAGCAGAAGUGCGCUUGUGUUCUGUCCUAUUGUAGAUGCUUUGCGAGCCUACAAAAUGUAUCUGGGCCUUACAGACAUCGGCGUUCCUCCUCUUCCUGGUCCUGUGCGAUGCUGUUCGCGAGAAGACCACGGAGCCGGGUGCGCCCGCCCUUCUGCCCACCCGCGCGCGCCCUGCACGGGAGGCCCGGGCCCCGCGCGCGGGUGCAGGGCGCGCGGUGAAUCGGCGGGCAGCGAGCUGACUGACGCGCAGGCCGGCUGCGCCCUCUUGUGAGGCUGCGGCGCGUCCAGGGCUCUGACGAGCUGCCACCAGACUGCGGGCUGGCGUCGCCUGAAGACACGCCCGCGCCGCUCCAGGCCCGGUUCGGCCCGCGGGCGCUGUGCGCGGGGCAGUGUUUGUUGCCGCGUGGGUCUUCGCACCCGGCGCGCCCGGGAAACCUUGUACGUGUCCGCUUCUGCCGAGAUGAAAUAAAUCCUUGGAGAUGCCAGCGCUC